GUUUCCCACUAGCUGUAGUUCACUGUUGCUGUGCCUGUCUCAGCACACGACCCGCGGCUCUGGUCUCACUGCACGACCCACGCAGAUCCUAAGCCUUUCCACCCCACAUUUAGUCCAGAAGACGUGAGGGGUUGUUGUUAUAACAAUCGUUAAGGAGAGAGGGUCCUGACAAGGGUUUCACAAUCUUUCGACGACCCGUUUUAUACGUGAACUCUAGUACAGAGUUGUUCUCCGGUACUGAUGAUUCUCUACCUAGUUGUAUCAGCACUGGCGUCUCUGCUCGUUGCUACAACUGUGAAGAGUCAGCUGCCUGUUACCAUGAACGCUACAGAGUCUACGCCUUUUCGGACGUCCACAGAGAGCGUGGCGCUUGGUGCAAUGUGGCGGAAGCAAAUUAACCAGUUGUACUUCACCGAAACGUUAAUCACUUCAUCUUAUUCUGACGCAUUAGGUGAAUGUUUGAAGUGCUGUGCUAAUAUGACUGUGAAAGAUAAACAACUGGAUUGGAUCAAGCUCACAAACUGUGGUAGCCAGUCGUUCAAGUGUUUAUUGGCGUUUCCAGAGAUUCGCUCCCGUAUCACUCGGGACGUCUUUUGGCUGACCUCCAAUAAUGACUACGUGUUAAUAUACAUGGGGAAUUCUUCCGACGUCGUCCUCAACUGGGAUUACCUCACAGGAGGGCAGAAGGUGUUAGAAAUUAUCCUCCUGGCCCUUGGUGGAGUUAUAUUAGUGAUAACGCUGGUAGGUAACAUCCUCGUGGUAGUUACAUUGUUCACUAUCCAUAGUCGAGGGGAAACCUGGUGGAUCGCCCGCAUCACUAUCGCUGUUACCGACCUUCUGAGGGGUUUCUUCGUCAUUGCUUUGGCUGUGAGUAAUUGCCUGUGUAUGAUGACAAAAAAUCUCCCUUUCUCGGAACUAAUGAACUUGGUCGAGAAUCUGGGCUUCCCUGGAAGCUUGUACGAACCUCUUUUUCUCCGUCGAGGAUACUCUAGUUUCUGUGGUAUUGUUUUCGGAGUCACGGCUGUCAUGUCCAUGCAGUGCCAUAGCUGGCUCACCUUAGAGAGAUUUUUAAUAUGCAACUAUCCUCGAGACAAGAAAAUUCUCACUCCUUUCCACGUCAAAAUUGCUGUGUUCGUCAUGUGGAUGAUUGCACUAGGCGUCUCACUUUUGUUUUCUGCAGAGAUUCAAUAUCAGAGUUUCUUCGACCCCGUCACCAAGUUGACUUUUAGUGUUUCCACCGAAAAGGAAUUUUGUGCAAGCUACUUGGCAUUUUGGCUCCUGAGCUUCUACUUUGCAGGGCUGUUUGUCUUCACCGUCGUCGUCUCACUUAAGACUAUGACAAUCUUCCGGAUCAGAUCCCAAGAGGAGAUGGCUGAGGUGGUCAAUAACACACCCAUGUUUCGAGUGAAGCAGCAGGAGGAUGAAGAUCGUUGCAUCAUGAUGACAAUGAAGCUGAUACUGGUACUGUACCUCGUCUCCACUGUUCCUCUGGUCUUUCUUCUAUACCCGAAGCUCAAAACACACGUUCCUCUCUUGUACUUCACAUGCUGGUGGAGCUUCGUGUUGAGCUCCUCUUGGAACUGGUAUAUUUACAACAUGCGGAGCACCUUUUUCAUGAACCACUUGAUUAGGCUGUUGUUGAAAUGUCCGUUAUUGCCGGAAUCCCUCAAAGGUAGAUUGAAGAAUCUGCUUCCCACCUCCCUGACCUUAGACUGGGAACCACUGUGGGUCAAGCUGGACGAUAUUAUGAGAAACAAUAAACAGCACUACACUGUUCGCAAUGAGGAGUGACUCUCUCGGUACACUUAAAACACAAAAGGGCUUUCCACAAUUCUCUCUCCCUCAUGAACACCAAAAGCUAACUACCAGUCACCAGACAGCGAUUAAAGGACGAAGGAUCAAGCUUCCGCAAUCUCUUGCGUUGAAUGACCCACACGGAUUCAACGCUUCAAGAAAUACAGUCUCUUCCUAAACACAUUUUCCCAGUGAUUGUGACGUCUUGUGAAGUUUUCCAGUGGGUGCAGCUGUGUGGUGACAAUUUCUGAAUAUAUUCCUAACGUGGAAUUUGAAAAAAAAUGUACAUAAAUGGGCGUAAAUGGGCUCAAAAUACAUGUCAAAUAAUAUAUGCAAAGUAUUAAACUAAUAAGUAAAUUAUUUAUGAUAUAAAUGCAUCUUCUGUAGAGUUUUUGGUAUUAUUCUUGACCUGUGCGUACACUCAGGGUUAUGUAUAUAAGUAUACCGAGAGUUUAAUCCCGACCUCAAGUAUUAUAGUAUUCUUGACAGGUGGUAAACACAUGGCAUUCAGUCUUAAUCACCUUCGAAUAGUCAAGAGACAAUAAACCCCGUUAACUAUUUAUCAUUCAUAAAUUAAAUAUUAAUAUACCAAAUUUAAACUACAGUAUUAUAACUGAGAAGUGAUCAAAAGUCCCAGGAACAAAACGUUUUCUAAUAAAUAUUUGUCCUAGUGUUUGCUUUCGUGUUUUUCUAAACCAACUUUUCGAUAUUUAUUACCAAGGUUUAUACCAACUGGAUUAAAUACUUAUUUUUCCUGUAUUAAGUGCGAAUUUUACAAAAAAAUUAAGUACCAAUAUCUUACAUGAAUUAGAUACCA